AUGGUGGAGACAGUGCUGAGCAUGGCGAGAUCCAUGCUGGGGGUCGUAGUCAGCCUGGCCGCUUCAGCUGCCGCCGCCGAGAUGAGCUUGAUCAUGGGCGUGCGUAAGGAUAUCUGGUUUAUAAAAGAUGAACUAGAGACGAUGCAAGUAUUCCUAGUGGUCGCUGAGAGGAUAAAGAACAAAGAUAUGCUUCUCAAGGUGUGGGCAAAGCAAAUAAGAGACUUGUCUUACAACAUUGAAGAUUGCCUGGACGAGUUCAUGUUGCAUGUGGGAAGCCAAAGCUUGUCAUGGCGGUUGAUAAAACUAAAAGACCGUCGUCGGAUCGCCAUGCAAAUCCGCGAACUCAAAUCAAGAGUUGAAGAAGUAAGCAAUAGGAAUAUAAGGUACAACUUAAUCAAGACAGAAGCCUCCAAUAUCCUAGAGAUAGAUUCCUACACGGAUGAUGUUCGCACUCACUUAGCUAACAAUAUUGAUGAAGCGGAACUUGUGGGCUUUUCCAAGCCUAAGGAGCAAUUGAUUCAACUAAUGGAUGUCGAAACUAAGGAUGGUCCUGCCAAGGUGAUCUGUUUGGUUGGCAUGGGCGGUCUAGGAAAGACCACUCUUGCAAGGAAGACCUAUGAAAGUAAGGAAGGUAUUGUGAAGAACUUUUCUUGUUGUGCUUGGAUCACAGUCUCGCAAUCAUUUUUAAGAAUAGAAAUCCUCAAGGAUAUGAUCAGGCAGCUUUUGGGUUGUGAGUCACUGAAGAAAUGUUUGAAAGAAAUUGAAGGUAAGGCAGCCCAAGUAGAGGACUUUGCCAGGUAUCUCAAAAAAGAGCUAAAGGAUAAGAGAUACUUUCUUAUUCUUGAUGAUUUGUGGACUGUAGAAGCAUGGCAGUGGAUCAAAGAUAUAGCUAUUCCUAAUAGAAACAACAAAGGUAGUCGGAUAAUAGUUACAACACGAGAUGUCGGCUUAGCUAAGCUGUGUACUUCUAUGUCCCUUAUCUAUCAUCUUGAACCCCUGCAAAUAGAUGAUGCCACAAAUUUGCUACUAAAAAAGACAGGCAGAACAUAUGAUGACCUGGAGAAAGAUGACAACUUGCAUAUUACAGUUGAAAAACUAGUUAGAAAGUGUGGUUGUUUACCAUUAGCUAUACUCACAAUAGGGGGCAUCCUUGCUACAAAAAAGGUCACUGAGUGGGGACUCUUUUAUAGCCAGCUCCCCACGGAGCUUGAGACUAACCCAAGCCUUGAAGCGAUGAGGAGGAUUGUUACCAUGAGUUACAACCACUUGCCAUCUCAUCUUAAGUCAUGUUUUUUGUACCUAAGUAUAUUUCCCGAGGAUGUUGAAAUCCAAAUGAGACAUCUGGUAGGCAGAUGGAUUGCGGAGGGGUUUGUUAGAGUCAGAGGUGGGGUGACAAUUGAAGAGGUUGCAAAAAGUUAUUUUGACGAGCUAAUCAACCGAAGCAUGAUUCAGCCAUCAAAAGUGAACAUAGAAGGAUGUGUGAAGAGCUGUCGAGUUCAUGAUAUCAUGCAUGAUGUCAUGGUGUCGAUUUCUAGAGAAGAAAAUUUUGUAUGCUUGGCGGAGGAUAAUCUAGCUAGUGUGGCAGGGGAGAACUUCCGCCAUGUAGCAUACCACGGGAGCAAGUGUCAAAAGAUAGGCAUGGAUUGGAGCCAUGUUCGGUCAUAUACUGUGUUUGGGGAGAGAACCAUAGCUCGAACAACUUCACUUUGUUCGCCUGAAUUGAGAAUGCUUAGAGUGUUAGAUCUACAUGGUUCACGAUUUGACAUCAGACAAAAAGAUAUCAACAACAUAGGGCUAUUUCUCCACCUAAGAUAUGUUAACGCUGGGUAUUCAGAGAGGUCUGCCCUUCCAAUAUCCAUAGGGAAACUGCGAGCCUUACAAAGUCUGGAGACAAGGAACAGAGAUAUUGUAUGCCUACCAACUGGGAUCACUAAACUCCAGGGUUUGCGUAGCAUCCGUUGUACACGUGGUACUGCUGAUGGUGUGAUUGUGCCUAAUGGAAUCUGCAACCUACAGGAGAUACAGACACUAAUGAUUGUCGAAGUGGAACCUACUGCGUGCCGAGCAAUUAAAGAGCUAGGGGAGCUCACACAGUUAAGAAAAUUAGGUGUUAUGACACAUACGGCCAGCCUUCAGAAAUGCAAGAUACUUGGUGCAUCCAUUGAGAAGCUGUCUUCCCUCUCUUCGCUUAGAGUGGAUGGUCGAGGAAAUAGUUCUACCACAAGUUCGCUCGAGUGGCUGCAUUCUAUUUCCCUUUCCACCCCACUCCUAAAAAGCCUCAAGUUGGUUGGAUCUCUUGGAAAAGAGAUGCCCAACUGGGUUGGAAGGCUGAUGUAUCUGGUGAAGAUUCACUUAAGGGAGAGCGAGAUGAUAGAAGGGGGGAGAAGCAUGAAGAUACUCGGGUCACUGCCCAACCUCAUGCUCCUUCGCCUCGAUUGGUGGUCGUAUGGUGGAGAGAAGCUCGUUUUAAGUGCGGGAGCAUUUCCAAACCUCAGAAAACUUGAUAUUAUUGGUCUCGUUCUACUAAGGGAGGUGAGGUUUGUGGAGGGUGCAUCGCCCCACAUGGAAAGGAUAGAAAUCAGCUGGUGCAAGCUGGAAUCAGGGAUUAUUGGUAUCAACCACCUUCCAAAGCUGAACGAGAUUUUACUUAGUUAUGGUGCUAAAGUUGCAAGGUUUGAUACGCUGCCAUGUGAAGUGAACGCACACCCCAAUCAUCCUGUACUGCGACUACGGGAGGACCGGUCCGAGCACGACCUGCGGGCAGAACUGGGAAUGGACAUAUAUUGA